GUUUUCAAGAUUGUAAAGUCGCGCACUAUUUUUUACACGUCCGUAAACUGAAAGAAUGAAACUUGAAUUACGAAGCAAACGAAUAGCAUUUUCUAUCAAAUAACAUGAAUUUUGGAAGAACUUCAAGAAAGCCCAGCUGAGGUCAGGCGUAGAUAGUGACUGGUGUAUCUACUUGGUGGAUAUGAUACUGACAGGUCGUUACAUCCAUCCCAUAUUAUCCUACAAUCAGUGCAUUCCGAGUGCAGUGACAGUUAACCGCCGGCUUAUUCCUUCGCUCAAGAAAUUCAAUGUGGAGGAUUGGGAGUACAUGUAUGUUCACAGAUCACAGUGAACCGAGUUUUACACUGUUGGAAUUAAAAGAUGCUUUAUACAAAAAUAAUCUAGCUGUUCGUUGUCAAAGGAGCCCGGUACAGCAACAAGAAGAUAACCAGAGCUCCAAGAUAUAGCCAGUAAACUUCUGUAUCCCAAUCUUAUACAAAAUCUGGUUUACAUUACCUUUACAACAGCGGAAUCUGUUUACAGAACGUUUUCAGUUUUAUCGUUUUAUUUUGUAAAAAACAAAACAAAAUUGAGUACAUAGUUUAACCUAUGCACGUGUAUGUAUUUAUGUAUAUAUGUAGACAUUAUUAUAGACCAUCCGUGCAAUAAAUGAACACAACGAUAACUAUUUUAAUCAGCCGUCCUUUGAAUUCGUCCAUGAUGCCGUGUGGGUUGUGAUUUUAUGAACCGGAUAAUGUUCCGUGAAGAAAGAAUUCAUGCUUCACGUUUGGUUAUCGUGCUGAUCCUCUGGUUGGUGACCGAAACUUUUCAGUUUCCCGAAAAAGGAAAAAUUUGCUUAGGGACAAGUUCUCGAAUGUUCAGACCUAACGACGCCCAGAACCACAACAAAAACCUUUUGGAACGCUACACGAACUGCACCUAUGUUGAAGGGAACUUGGAGCUGACUUGGUUAACUGAGGAUAGCGAUCUGACGUUUCUACAUGACAUUCGGGAAGUCACAGGCUAUGUCUUGAUCUCAUUAGUGACUGUAAAGCGGAUUGUAUUUCCGAAUUUGAUGAUCAUUCGAGGCCGCAACCUGAUGCUAUUUAAUGGAAUGUUCACCAAUGUCUCUUUUUCUUUAUUUAUUAACCAUAGUACAAUAGAAUCAUUGGAGUUUCCAGCGCUUAGAGAUAUUCUUAAUGGAAAUGUGGGUUUUUUAAACAACGGAAACUUAUGUUUCAUUGAUACCAUAAAAUGGAAGGAGAUUUUAAGUGGACAAGAUUCUGAAGUAUUUAUAUAUAACAGCACCAGAUCAACAGACCAAGAAUGUCAACCUUGUGAUGAAUCAUGUGAAGAUGGAUGUUGGGGAGAAGGGCCAGAAAAUUGCCAAAAGUUUUCUAAAACCAAGUGUUCUCCACAAUGCUAUCAAGGACGUUGCUAUGGUCCUAAUCCUCGAGAAUGUUGUCAUCUUUUUUGUGCUGGAGGCUGCACUGGACCAAAGCAAAGCGAUUGUUUGGCCUGUCGCAAUUUUCAUGAUGACAAUGUCUGUAAGCAGGAAUGCCCUCCAAUGAAACGCUACAACCCAUCAACUUAUUCCUGGGAAGAUAAUCCUAAGGGCAAGUAUGCCUAUGGUGCAACUUGUGUGAAAAAUUGUCCAGAACACCUACUGAAGGAUAAUGGAGCCUGUGUACGAUCAUGUCCUCCUGACAAAAAAGCUGAGAAUGGAGAAUGUGUACCAUGUGAAGGUCCUUGUCCAAAAUCUUGUAUUGGUGUUGAAGUGCUGCAUUCUGGAAAUAUUGAGAAAUUCCGUGACUGUACAGUUAUUGAAGGAUCCAUUACUAUAUUGGAAUCAACAUUCAAAAAUUAUACAGAUUUCGAAGAAAACUCGACAGGUAUAAUGUAUCCAGCAAUGCAUCCUAGUCAAUUAGAGGUUUUUAGUACUUUGAAAGAAAUUACUGGUUACCUCAACAUUCAAGCCUCUAACCCAUAUUUCAAAAAUCUGUCAUGUUUUCGUAAUUUGGAAGUUAUUGGAGGUCGCCAGACUACAGAUCAAUAUGCUUCAUUGCACAUCAUGCAGACUUCACUUGAGACACUGGGUUUGAAAUCAUUGAAAAAGAUAAGAUCAGGAAAUGUGAUGAUCUAUGAAAAUACAAAACUGUGUUUGGCAAAUAGCAUCAAAUGGGAAGAUCUUAUGAUAUAUAAUACAAUUCCUGCACUGGUUCAGUAUAAUGCCAAUGAGGAGUAUUGCAGAAAGAAAAAGUUAGUGUGCCACAACCAGUGUAAAGGAAAUCACUGCUGGGGGUCUCAUCCAGAUGAAUGUUUGUCUUGUGAAGCUUACAGGCUGGGAGAUACAUGUGUAAAGAACUGCACAGAGAUGGAUAACACUUAUCAUAUAGGAAACUAUGAAUGUAAACAUUGUCACAGUGAAUGCAUAGGAGGCUGCAAUGGUUCAGGCAAUGGUAAUUGUACUCAGUGUCGAAAUGUUAAAGAUGGACCUUAUUGCGUUGCCAGCUGUCCUGUCACUAAAUACAGUGAUUAUGGAAUAUGUAAAGUUUGUCACCAGCAUUGUGUAAAAGGUUGCACUGGUCCAAGCAACACUGUUGGUCCUGGAGGGUGCAACUCUUGUGAUAAGGCCAUUGAAACUAAGAACAAGAGUGUGAUGUGCUUGGCUGCUGAUGAGCCUUGUCCAGAAGGAUAUUACACAGAAUACAUAGGACCUUCGGAUAAAUCCUUGAAUGAUUUGGUUGGAAAGCCUCUCUUUCGAAAAUGUCAUGUUGAAUGUAAAAAUUGUACUGGAUAUGGGGCCCACACAUCUCUAUGCGAGUGUAAGAACUACAUCUCAGGAGAACAGUGUAAAUCAAGCUGUCCAAUUGACCACUAUGCUCACAAUGCUACUCAAGCAUGUGUGAAAUGUGCCAAAGAAUGUCGAGAAUGUGUAGGCCCCAGCACUAUGGAUUGUAAGGACUGUCGUAACUUCAAAGUUUACCUCAGUGAUGAUGAAACUAAGUUCAACUGCACUGUUCUUUGUCCACCAGAGAAGCCAUACAGAGUACUUCAGGAAUCUCCAUAUUGUUCCAGUGUGGAUCCAUUGGAGAACAGUGAAGAAAACAACCAACGACUUAUUUUGGGUGUUACUAUCGGUCCAUCACUGGUGUUCCUUCUUCUUGUUUUGGGUAUUGUAUACUGGUUGCUGCAGCGUGCUUGGACUGCUAAAAAUACAGUAAAGAUGGCUGAGAAAUUUACUGAAUUGAAUAAUGAUAGUGAGCCUGUGAUUCCAUCAAACAUCAAACCAAAUCUUGCUCAACUUCGAUUGGUGAAAGAAGCAGAACUCUACCGAGGAGGUAUCAUGGGGAAUGGAGCAUUUGGAACUGUGUAUAAAGGUGUGUGGAUUCCUACAGGAGAAAAUGUGAAAAUUCCAGUGGCCAUUAAAGUGUUGAAUGAUGAUAACUCUGAUAUGGGACCCUCCAAUAACAAUGCUUUUUUAGAGGAAGCGAAAAUCAUGGCUAGUGUGGACCAUCCAAACGUAUUGAAACUGCUAGCUGUGUGUGUAACUUCACAGGUUAUGGUAAUUACUCAGCUAAUGCCACUAGGUUGUCUGCUUAACUAUGUCCAAAACAACAAGAAAAAAAUUGGUUCAAAACCUCUUCUCAACUGGUGCACUCAAAUAGCUAGGGGUAUGGCAUAUUUAGAGGAAAAAAGAAUGGUUCAUAGAGAUCUUGCCUUAAGAAAUGUACUUUUGUAUAAUCCUGGCUGUAUAAAAAUCACAGAUUUUGGGCUUGCAAAACUAUUGGAUACCAAUGAAGAAAGUUACAAAGCUGAGGGGGGUAAGAUGCCAUUGAAAUGGUUAGCUUUAGAAUGUAUACAACAUCGCAUAUUUACGCACAAAAGUGACGUUUGGGCAUUUGGAGUGACUGUAUGGGAGCUCCUUACUUAUGGAGAUAAACCAUAUGAGCAUCUGAAAGCUCGAGAAGUGCCAGACUUACUUGAGAAAGGAGAGCGUCUACCUCAACCAUCCAUCUGUACACUUGAUGUUUAUAUGAUCAUGAUAAAGUGCUGGAUGUUAGAUGCAGAAUCUAGGCCUUCUUUUAAAGAGUUGGCUGAUGAAUUUGCCAAGAUGGCUCGUGACCCUGGACGUUACCUAGUAGUGCAAGGAGAUAAACUAAUGCGACUUCCUAGCUACUCCCCUCAGGAUGAAAAGGAACUUAUUCACAACUUCAGUACAAUCAAAGAAGGUCCUGAAGUAAUUAUGGAUGCUGAAGAGUAUCUGCAGCCAAAAACUGACUUGUCUAAUAGUUCUGAGUGCUCACCACCUUUAACCCCAGUCAAAAAAUUUAUGGUUGAUCGUGGAUUUGAAAGCCAACCAUGUUCACCAACAAAUCCUGUUCACUUUGAUUUCAACACACAGUUGCCCUCAUCUUCUAGAUGUCGUGGUCACCAAAGUGCAGCAUCAGGACGUUACUCAAUGGAUCCCCUUCGAGAUGUGGUUCGAGAUACUCAUUGUGAUGAAGUUGACAGAGCUCAUCUCAGAAGCACAACAUUACCUAGUGAUUUAAAGAAGAAAAGAGCAAAUUAUUUGAAGUUAGCUGUUGAUGAUGAAGAUUACCUCAUUCCUUCACUUUCAACCAACCAGUCAGCCAAUUACAUGGAUUUGAUUGAAGACACUAACUGUGCAGAUUUUCAGCAUAAGAAACCUCCUACAUACUCCUCUUGUGUAGAGACACAGAAAAAUGGUCUUGAUAACUUUGAAUAUCUUCUUAUGAAUGACAGUUACAAUAAAUCAGAGACAGUCCCACUCAGAUUUUCAGAAGAGGAGGAGGAUGAAGAUAAAGUAUUUAUUAGUGAAGCUGAUCAGCGAAAGCAGGAACUUUUGCCCUUAAACCACAGAUCUAAUGAUACGGCUGUGUGAACUUUCUUAAAAGUAUUUUUCAUGAACAGUGGAUUUUUAUCAAUAAUGGCCAUGGGUAAAAACAAGUUAUUUAUGUGUCAUUACCUGUUAGGAACUAGAAACCAUCACUCUGAAGACAUUAUUAACAUUUGUAUAUAAGCAUUGUUAAAAAAAAACACUUGAAACCUAGCAUCAUAAAUAUGUAUAAUUUUUAUUUUCUUAUACUCUUUCUUUAUAGCACAGGGAACAAAUAACAAUUUAUUAAAAUAGUUUUAUCUUUUCACUUCCAUGAGUUCAUGUAGUGCAGGUCACGUUUUUUGGGGCCAUUAGUUAAAGUCCUCAUUAAAAGAACUUGUGCUUUAGGUACAAGAUUAAGUAACUAGUGAAUGAUCAUGUCUCUGUAUUCAGGGAAUUUUUAACCAAUGUUUAGAACACAUAAUUGUGUGACACAUUAAUCAGCUGUUACAUUUGUUUCUUAAUUCAGGUGCUAAUGAGGCUUCUGUAUAUUCUAAGUGUUUUUCUUGUCAGAAUUAGCUUUAUUUGAAAGGGGCAUUUGUAAAAUUAAUGUUUUCAAAUUCCAAAGUAUGAAACUUUGCAAAUAAUUGUUAGAUUGGAUUUUAGUGUCUUAUAUUUUCCGUAUAAUGAAAAUAAACUAUUAACAAAGAUGUAAGAAUUUUCUUUGGGUUAACUUUCCUUACAUUGAUGUUACAUAACAAUUGUUUGCCAUACAUUCUUUAAAAUGAAAAUGAGAUCUUUAUUCAAAACUGUUUUCAUUGUAAGCAUUAACAGAAAUUUGUCUUGUUUUAAACUUAACACAUUUUCUUUUAUUCAGACAGAAAAUAUUUCAAAAUCUUGUAAAACCAGAAAAUUAGUUUUUAUAGCUGUGUGUGUGUGUGUCUGUGAUAGUCUUUUUGAUCUCCAUGAGUUCAGUGGAUAACAGAAAAUUUUAAUGUACAUUUUGGUAAGUUCUAGGUUAAGAUUAACUGUUUUAAAUCUAGCUUUUUUUCAUUACAAGUUUUGCUACUAUGGUUAUGUAUUAACUUUUCCUCUUAAGGCUUUGUUGCAUAUAAAAUUAUUGUGAGAAAAUUUAAAACCCAAUCCUUUCUCAUGACUUAUUGAUACAUCAUGAAGAUGAUUUUAGUUUGUUUAAUUGAACUGAUCUCGUUAUAUUGUAUUUACUAGGUAACAUUUUCAGUUUUAAUCUUUUGUUGUUUUUGAUAUAAUAUAUAAUGGUUACAGAAGAGUUUUAAAAGUAAAUUGAAUUAAUCUCCAUGUAUAUAGAUACACAAUGGAUUACAGUUGUAAUUUAUACCAAUAUUUUUAUAGAAGUAUACAUCAUAGAACCUUACAUGUUCCUUGUUAAUUGUUUUCAAUUAAAAGCACUUUUUAAAGAUUUAAAUCAGUUUGUCAGGCUAGAAGUGUUUGUUUUGUUGCAUUAGCAGUUGUAUCAUUGUGAAAUUUAUUUUGAAGCUUUGGUUGUAAGAUGCACAAAAUGAAACUGUAUUCAGAUCAACCUUCAAUAUCUUAUACUUCAUUAAGAAUUAUGAAAUGCAAAAAAAUCGUUCAGUAUUCUUCAUCUAGACAUGAAGAGUAGUUAUUCGUGUUAAUCUUUACACCUUUAAUAAUAUAUUGAACAAUGGAAAUGACUGAAAAGUCCUAUUGGCCUGAAUACCUGUAAUUGGAAUGUGGUAAUACGUCAGUAUUCCAUACAAUUGCCAGUCAAAUUCUUAUAAAACCAGUAUGAUGAAAUACAGUCUUUACUAAUAACGAAACGCCCUUAAAUAAUUAGUACGUCAAUUCUGUAUUAGAACACGUUUUUAUUUUAUAACUUGGAAACUAUGAAUGCAGCUGAACAGUUCUAAUAUACUUCCCAAAUUUUCCAAUGUACUAAUUAUGCCGAGUUUUUUUUUUGUUGUUAUCCCUAGUUUAAUAAUCAUAUUCUGUCAAGUAAAUUUCUAUUAUUUUAACUAAUAUUCUAACUAUGUGAAAACCAUGACCCUAUUUGGGGCCAACAUUAGUCACUGAGCUGCCUUUAUUUUAUUUUCAGUUUAACUCUGGAAAUAUUUGCUUUUACAGGAUUAGACUCUCAACGUGAUAAUAAGCCAACCUAGACUGGAAUUUUUACAAAGUUUGUGAACGCUACUAACGUAAUCACCUAGUGUUCUUGAUCUGUAUGCAGGGAUAUUUGUUAAAUCAGUAUGUGCAACAGCUACUCUGUGUGUACAGUUAAAGGCACGUAAAAGUGACUUAACGUUAGGGUGCCUACCAUCAGUAAAUAUACGGCCAGUCAGUAAAGAAAAACACUUAUAUUUAUUAAAACCCGUAUAUUACAAAAAAAGAAUGAAGGUUUUAAGGAUGUAAGUAAAAGAAAUAAUAAUCACUGUCUGUAUGUCAGUAAAAACAAAAUUAUAAGGUUGACAACCACGCUUGUGGUAUAUAUACACACACACUGUCUACAUAAAAAAACUCAUUGUAUAUAAACUGUUACAUUAUUUCAUGAUGAAGCUAAAAGCGCAUAAACUAGCUGGUGACACCCGGUGGGACAGCGGUAAGUUUCCGUACUUACAAUGCUAAAAUCCAGUGUUCGAUUGCUCGCAGUGGGCAGAGCGCAGAUAGCCUAUUGUGUAGUCUUGCGCUAAUAGAUAUAUAUAUAAAACUAUACCGUGCCUACUUGUGAUAUUCUUUGCUACUUUUGUUUCAGUUUUUAGGAUACCGGUAUGUUUUCUUACAUGUUAUCCAUUUGUGAUCAAAUAUUCGUAUAUUGAAUAUAGGGGAUUUUAAAGCAUAUUUAAUAUUAGCGUAAAAAUCACGCAUAGUAUCUUUAUACAUUUACAGAUUAAUCGGUAAGUGAAAUGUUGAAGAACGAAAACAGUAAGAUGCCGAAGAAGAGUGUCACACUUGUGUUCGGUGAGAAAAGAAAAUAAUCUCUCCUGCUUGUAAUUGUAACAUAGAAAAAAAAAGAACUAUUUUAACUGAAUGCUUCACCCUAUAACUUAUAAGAUCAGUUUUGUGUAGAAUAUAUUUUACAAUGGGUACAUAUGACGGGAUUUUCCCAUUGAAAUGACGAGGUAUAUCUAGCAAACAUAGCUAGACUUAGUAUUUGAAGUAGUUUUAAUAGAAACCCCAUAAAACACACGUUACUGUUUCUGUAAGUUGAAGCAUUCGUUUAAAGAAGCUUGAAAGUUAAUCUUGUGUUAUGAGGGAUGAGUUAUUUUCCCGCAAAACAAGUAUGAGACUCUUGUUUGAAAUCUCAGUGUUUUCCUGCUCAGUGGGAGAGUAGAUAACCAAUGUGGAUGUAGACAUUGGGCGUGAUUCUUGACGCUUUAAUUAAAUGUGAACUGUUGUUGUGUCAGUCGCUUUUCUCGUAAUAUGUACGUUAAUUAUAAAUGUAAAUUUAAACUAGCUAGGCCUACAAAUGCAUUAAAGUUGGCACUUCUUAACGUUGCUGUAUAAAUAAAGGAAUAACAGUGCUACUAGCUGAUAUAUGUUUUAAUUGUUGUUUAAGAAACAGAUGUACAGUUUUUAUAGUCAUGGUAAUAAACGAUUUA